GGAGGAUGUGGAGUACCGUGCCUGGAAAAUACACGGACACUAGCCGCAACUAGCAAGUGAGCACGAACGGGGAAUUUAGUCGCGUGUAUGUUGAUAAAUUAGGACUGCCAAAAGCCGCAGACAGUUCACCGGCGAUUAAUAACAGCGCAUUAUUAACUUAGCGUUGUUAUGCAAUUUAACGCUUUCGGUGCUCUCUCUCAUGGUCAGUCGGGCGCUGGGAGUUGCGCUCAGCUGCUAUGCUGUAGUUAAAAAAAAAUGACUGGAUUGAUUAAAGUUAAGUGUCGAGCUUUAUUUCUACCGGAGACCCAUUUUCAAGGAUUUGACGUUUCUUUGGCGGAUUCGGAGAGGUGGUGGCUGUAGGUUUUUCCAAAAGAGUGUUCAGAUGAGGUCAGCGCGGAUGGGACUUAAAAGACUUCAGAAAGGGCCUGGUUGGGAAAGGGAGUGAGUAUGGACAACCUUUCUGACUUCAGUGGCCCCUGUCCGUCCUCCCGCAGGGAAUGGGACACCAACAGCUGUGCGGACGAUUUAAUGGAUGAAGAUGAGAAAGACAGGGCAAAAAGGGCAUCCCGUAACAAAUCGGAAAAGAAAAGAAGAGACCAAUUCAAUGUGCUCAUCAAGGAGCUAUGCACCAUGCUGCAGGGUCAGGGCCAUCCGCGCAAGAUGGACAAAUCCACCAUAUUGCAGAGAACUAUUGACUUCUUGCAGAAACAGAAAGAUAUCACUGCACAGAAUGAAACUUGUGACGUGAGACAAGACUGGAAACCUUCAUUCCUCAGUAAUGAGGAGUUCACUCAGCUAAUGCUGGAGGCCCUCGAUGGUUUCUUGGUAGCAUUAACAACAGAUGGAAACAUCAUAUAUGUAUCUGACAGUGUGUCUUCACUUAUGGGCCAUUUACCGUCAGAUAUGGUGGACCAAAAUAUCUUGAAUUUCCUCCCGGAGCGCGAACAUGGUGAGGUGUAUAAGCUGCUAUCAUCCCACAUGCUGAUGACUGACCCCAUUGCUGCUGACUUCCUUGACAGCGAGACACAUAUUGAAUUUUGCUGUCAUCUAGCCAGAGGUAACAUUGACCCAAAGGAACCGCCUGUAUACGAGUAUGUCAAGUUUGUUGGAGAUUUCAAGUUUCAUAACAAUGUGCCUACAUCUUCUUGUAACGGGCUUGAGUUGACGUUACCAAGAAGCCUGCAGUCAUCGCUUGAGGAGCAGGUCUGCCUCAUAGCUACUGUACGAUUAGUCACUCCACAGUUUCUAAAGGAUUUGUGUAAUGUGGACGAUCCCUGUGACGAAUUCACAUCCAGACACAGCCUUGAAUGGAAGUUCCUGUUUUUAGAUCACAGAGCUUCACCGAUCAUCGGCUAUUUACCCUUUGAGGUUCUUGGGACUUCUGGCUAUGAUUACUAUCAUGUGGAUGACCUGGAGCUUAUAGCUCAAUGUCAUAAGCAAUUAAUGCAGUUUGGAAAGGGUAAAUCCUGCUACUAUCGCUUUCUGACCAAAGGCCAGCAGUGGAUCUGGUUGCGGACGCACUACUACAUCACCUACCACCAGUGGAACUCCAAACCCGAGUUCAUCGUCUGUACUCACACUGUUGUCAGUUAUGCUGAAGUGCGAGCUGAAAGGAGGAGAGCAUUCGGCCUUGAGGAGUUGUCUCCACCUGAGAUAGCGCCCUCCUCUGUCAAGGUAAGCAUCAAGUACCCUCGUACAUUCAGUAUGUACCUUAUACAAAGUCAGUCUUUAUGUCACUUUGUUCUACGCCGCUCUGUGUUACAGGCUCAGGAGCUGUACUUGGACAUCUGCUCUACACUGGACCCUCCGCGGGACAGAAACAGCGGCGCACGUUCGGUAUCCUCCCACAGCUCCCGGAAAUCCUCCCACACAGCGCUGUCAGACUCUGCAUCAGCUAACUCCUACACUGAGGCCUGCACACCAUCAUGGCAGUCUGCGUCCAUGGGGACAGAGAAGACGGCUCCCAGACUCCAACCUAGUAGUUCUAAGAAUUUGGCACAAAGGCAAAAUUCCUUUGACCUCGUUCCCCAACUGAGCCUCCCCCUUUCUCCCACCUGCAGCAAGCACUCCGCAAUGCAACAGCAAACACAGCAGCAGCAGCAGCAGCAGCAGCAGCAACAGCAGCAGCAGUCUGUGUAUCAGCUGCAGCAGCCCCAGCUCGGUGUAAUGAACCAGCUGAAGGAACAGCUGGAGGAGAGGACGCGCAUUCUGCAAGCUGACAUUAAGACGCAGCAGCAGGAGCUGCACGACAUAAAGGAAAAGCUUCACCUCGCUAAUCUCCAGAUGUUAUUACAGCAGCCUAUCCACAAUGACUUGGGUCAGCCACAGCAGCCACAGCAGCCCCAGCAGCAGGGCCCAGGCCGACCUGUCCAGCAGAGCCAGUCAGGGGUCAUCAGGCAGCUCUCGGGCCACCCUAAACCACAGUCCUGUGGGGCCCACAGUGUGUCUCCUCACUCACUCCUGAGAGAGAACAGCUCACCCUCGACGCAGGUCCAGCAGAGGAUUGCACGGAGCAGCCAGGUGCAGUCAGUGAGUUUACCGGUGCAGACCAACACCAGUUUGACGAUGCCCUUCUACAGCAACCCCAUGAUGUUCUCUCAGACCAACACGAGGCCUCUGCAGGACGCAAACCAAAGACAUACAGACAGCGAGUUCAGCCAAGAUGGGCAACUACGCAUGCUCCUCAACCAGCCAAUGCAGACGCUGGUCCCCACUAGCAGUGUAACCUCACAAGCUUCCCAGUGCAACAUGGGAAUGUCCCAAACCAUAUACACCUUGGAGCAGCAGAUCAUCGCCCCGUCAUUCUCCAUGCAACAGGUCAACUGCAACGCCGUCCUCGUGCCCUCUCCAGUUUUCACAUCCCCCAUCAUGAUCCCUCACAACAGUUUCAUCACACACCAGUCCCAGUCGGCCUACCCCACUCAGCCUCAGGCUUCUCAGCACUCCCUGCAGCUACAGCAGCCCCAGCAGUUCUUUCAGAUGACUCAAGGACUCGUGCACAGCGGACCUACUCCAGCAUUCUUACACACCACUAAUGUCCCGCAGCAAGGCACUGUGGAAUACAUCCAGCAGCAGCCGCAAACACAGCAACUGCAGCAAGCGCAACAGCCUCAACAGCAGCAAAGACAAUACCAACAUUCCCAAAACCAGACUGGCAGCAUGUCAGACUUCCGAAAUAUGCUGACUCGGUAGCGCUGCGGACUGCGUCAGAGCGCUAAUAUCUCCCUCGGUGUUGUCGCCCGCGCAGGCGUCAGCACGCUGUGGCAUUUGGAAGUCAAAAAACGUUGACCUCGAGAUGUGCGGCGGAAACACUUGAAAGCAGGAAAAUUGCUUGUAGUGACCUUACGUUUGUGGUCUGUGCGUCAUUGGAGCGAAACCACAAACAGAGGCUGCACUGACCUGAUGUCACUGUCAGGAUCUGAGGAGACUCUGAUGUGCAGGACCUUCAUCACUGGGCCGCUGCACACUCAGUCGUCUUUCAGUAAAACUGUUGGGAAAAGUGGAUUAUCACAGCUCUCAACAAGACUUUGCUUUCAUCUUACAGAGAGAGUUUAUUUCUAAGUGUGUGUUUGCACUUUGGUAUCACCCCCCCCCCCCCCCCCACCACCACCACCACCAUACACACACCCCCACACACACCCAAAAGUAGAAUAUUUAUUUUUGCCUAUAAUUUAAUAUUCUAUUUUCCCUACUAAUAACAGCGUAUUAGUGAGAUUAUUUUCAAAUGUUUAGCUCGACACCCCUCCACAUCACAUCAUCACCUCAGUCUGAUUUUUAGCUCCACUGACAGUGAUUCCUUACCAAAAAGGGAUUUGUGUGUAUGCGUGUGUGUGUGCGAGUUCAGAUAUUGCUCCAGUUUUGUCCCAAAAACACAAUUUACUUGCAGGUAUGUUCAUAGCAAGUCACUAGGGAGGGGCUUUAAUGUGAACCAUCAUGACCACCAUAUCUAAAAUCAGGUUUGGGAAGAAUUUUGAUGUAAUACACGACACUGGGAAAUUGAGAGGGGGGGGUAUUCUCCAAUUAUUCGAAAACGUCUAUCUAGAUUUUUAAAGCCUCAAUCUGGGACUGAAGAAGGGCUGCUACAACUAUCCCACCACUUCUCACUGAGAGUGAAGACAAAGCUCCGAAGCCACAACUGUAGGUGGCUCUGAUGAGCUCUGCAGCAUGAGUCCUUCAGAGGGAGGAAAACAAAUUGUGCCUUUAACCAUGAGACAGUUGGUCCAUGGUGCGGUUUGAUGGUUGUGUCUGAUUACGGCUUUAAAAAUCCAGCUCAGGUCCAUUUGGAAUACAAAAUUAUAUUUUCAUAGGUCAUAAGUUAUUAUUUUCCGCAUCAGAUCUAGAUUUGUAUCGGAUAUAUUACAAAUACAUAUUGGAUGCCUUUACAUGUACAAUCAGUAAAGUCCAAAACACUUUUUGAACUCCGUAAUGAUUUAGAGAUACAAGAUGCAUUCAUCUAAUUGCUCAAACCAUAAGGAAACCAUUUGUUUAUUUAUUACAUAUGUAUUUUAAACAAUAUAUGGGAUUAAGAAAUUAGUUUUAUAUACAAAAGAGUAGAGUUUAUGUGCUCACUUAGACAUUGAAAGGUGAACACUGGUCUUGACGUCUUAGCUCUCCUGGGUUCAGGGUUUAAAGGAAGCUGUUCUCACAAGAACAGCACAUCAGUUGUUGGCCACCUCGGAUCUGUAUGUGGCUCAUUGUUGUUUUUCCCACCACAACACAACAAACUGCUGCAGAAGGGCAGGCGGGGCGUGCUGGUUUGAAUAUCUUGGAAAGAGUGAGAAAUAAUUUGAUAAAGACUGCCUGCGACGUGGGCGUUUCUAAACAGUAUUGGCCUGUUUAUUCUAGUCCAGUCAGUCAUUUAUCUUGUGUAUUUGGCCAUCUGAGAAGUCACAACAUGUGUGCUCCAACCACUAAGACCAAUAAGUAAUAAUUUACCCUGAAAUGACACAGCAGUAAGCUGCAUUGUGUUGUGUUAAAUAUACAGCUGCAGUGAUGAAGAAAACACUGGAUUCUUCAUAUAUCUGAAGGUUAUUUGCAGUCGAUCAUGUCCAAUGUUAAAAUCACUUCUUAUACAUUGUGUAUGACAAUCCUUUCAGUCCAUCAGAUAGUUUUAUUACAGUCUAGUAAAAGACUACAACUACUUUAACUCGUAUUACGGCACUUAAUCAAACAGUCAUUUCCAAACAAAUAUAAAGCAGACUUUAUAUAUUUGUUGUGUAAAAUAAUAACAGAGAGGUUUUCUGCAGCUGGAUUUGAACACUAUAAAGCAAGGACACGUGCUAAAGAACAUACAGUACAUGGUUGAAGACAAUGAGACAGACAUCUUGCAACAGUAAUGCACGCACUGUUCAGUCACUGCCAGCACCAGAGUCACAGAUUGUAUGACUUUAUCAUUUUAAAUCUUUACUUUUGUCUCCUGGGUUACAUAGUUGUACAUGGGUAUCUCAGCACUAUUUGGCAUUACCUGAAAUUCUCACGGUGCUUCUUCUUGUGCUACACUUUAUAAAAAGCAGCCCUUCGUGCUCCAUGUAACAGUUUGGUCUUAAAGUCACAGCUACCUUUACGUUAGUCCAUCAUAGAUCCCUUUUUAAGACGGGUGCUGUUCAUACCGGACGACGAGACUCAAAUGUCAGAACACUCUCAGCAUGUAACGUUCAGUGCCGUUUUACACUUUACUAUGUGCAAUGUCAAUUUGAGAAGAAGAAUGUUAAUUUAUACAAUUUUAAAUGUUUCAGAGCAGAUGUAUACGAUGUAUAUAGACGUGUAUAAUAAGCCAUUGUACCAUGUAAAUUAUAUGUGGAAUAUGGAAGUAUUUUUUUAAUGAAAAUGUCCUAACAUUCCUUCAGACGUUGAUAUCAGCAGUAUCUUUUCUGAAGAUGCACAACAUGUCCACUGAAGACUAUUACAAUGACUACAGCUUGUACACAGGACUGUGUCUGCAUGGGAAUGUGGUGUAGAGUGUUAUUUUUCCUCCCAAAUAUGAGAUGAUAACAAAAUACAGAAACUCUGGACCAUGAUCAUGACAAAAGAAAUGAAAUCGUGUCCAGAAGUGAAGACACUGUGUGCUCACUGCUUAGUGAUAACAGCUGCAUCUUUAAAAGGUAAUUCAGCCAAAACUUUACUGCAAAAGGUCGUUUGUUUUAUGGGUUUCAGUUUUUUAGCUUCUACAAAAAAGUGCAAUUGUACAUCAUCAUCAAAAUGAUUUUUUUUUCCCAAUGGCUGAGGAAGUUUCAGCUUCAGUCCCUUUAUUCAUUUUUAUUUGGUGAAGAAACAUUAAAGUGACUGCCCAUAAACAUUCAGCCAGCAACUCAGAGGUGCCAUAGAUGACUAUAUUUUUCUUUUCCUUCAUCACUCACUCAUUACUCAGUAAUAUAAAAGUCACGUUUGUAGAAUAUCAAUCUUUCAGUCAAUUGCAGUGAAAUUCCACAUAAUGGUUGUUUUCCAUCAAACACAUCAUUCAGAGAAGAUUUCAAUCCAACGUCUGUCUACAAAACAGCUGUUAUUAUGUUAUUUGCCUUGUAAAGGUGGUUGAGGGAAAUUCUGCUUAAUUAUUUUGCUUUGGAAUUAAAAAAAAAAAAUCACCAAUCUCCGCCAGAUGAGAUGAUUUUUAGAGCUGUUCAGGUGUGUUUUGCAGUUAUUGUAAAUAAUCAAUUUUCUCACAUGGUACUGUUUUUCUUUGUAGUCGAGUUGAAACGCUCUCCAUCAGUAGUCACCGCACCUUUUUUGUUUUUCUCCUUUACUUUCAGUUUUCUUCUUCAUGGGUUUUUUUCUUUGAGUGUCAAUGUUUUUGAAGGUAUGUGAUCUUCAUCACAUUUAACUUGUACUUUUCUGAUUUGUAAAAUAAUGACUGACGCCUCGAGUGUGAGCUUGGGCGGUCACAUCAACACUUUCUGUGUAAGAUAAACCAGGACAUGAAAAAAACAAACCUGGUACACAGCCAUUUCUGCAGUUUCAGUGCAGAAACAAACCUUGAAUAUAUUGUAUAAUAGAAUGUAAAAAAAAAAAAGUUUAGCCUAUAUAGUUGUUUAUUUUAUAUGUCUAAUAGAUUAAAUAUGUAUGUUACAUGAUUUUAAAAUUAAAGUAAUUUUGUAACAGAUAAUGAAGUGUCUUAUUAGAGGAGGUGAAGCUUUUUUUGCGUUCAAGUUGGUGUUGCACAGUCACUUGUAUGGCUUGUUUUUUUUCUGUAUUUACCAUCAAAAUAAGCUUUAAAAAUAUUGUUAAUAUUGUUUUAAAAGAAAUUAACAAAUUAAGUUUACAUUCUAAAAUAUCUUGAUAUUAAUUAUGUUAUAUUGAAUUAUUUAUAAAUCAACAUGGAUAUUGUGAAAUAUUUGAAAAUAAAUAUUUUUAAACAUA